CCUUGAACUACAAAUCCCAGCAAACCCCGCGGCUUCGGCAUCCAGCCCUGAUGAACUACAAGUUCCGGGCCACAUCAAGAGCGUGUUCAACUGAGCAGUCUUGGGCGUGGUGGCUAGGGUAGUUGCUAUGGGGUUGCGCUGAGUAACUCUUCAGGUAGUGAGACGCUGAAGCCGGAGGGGAUGUUUCCAUUUUAACAGGGAACAACCCCUGAACCCAAAGGAAUGAAUCCCUCAUGAUGGCGUUUCAGGCCUCAGUGACAGGCUGAAGCCAGACUCCCAGGGCCCAUGCUUCCACCUGAUGAAUGAUGGCCUGAACUAUGAACAAAAGUGGCUACAUGAACACUUCGGUGCAGGAGCCUCCUCUUGACUACUCCUUCAGAAGCAUCCAAAUGGUCCAAGGAACUUCUAACACACCAAACCCAAGCCUGGACUCAUCACUUUUCCAAUCCAAUUCUCCCAAAAUUCUUCAUCAGCUAAAGGACCUGAACAAAAAGCUAGAUCUGGUGACCGAGGAGCCAAGGACAGGUCUACGACCGGUGAGGUACUCAAAGUCAGGAAAGUCACUGACCCAGUCCCUGUGGAUCAACAACAAUGCCCUCAAUGAUCUGAAAGACUUUAACCAGGUGGUUUCACAGCUUCUGCAGCAUCCAGAGAAUCUGGCCUGGAUUGACCUCUCCUUCAAUGACCUGAUCACCAUUGACCCUGUCCUAACAACAUUCUUCAACCUAAGUGUCCUCUACCUUCACGGCAACAGCAUCCAUCGGCUAGGGGAGGUGAAUAAACUAGCUGCCCUCCCUCGUCUCCGGAGCCUGACCCUCCAUGGGAACCCCAUAGAGGAAGAAAAGGGGUACAGCCCAAGUCUUCCCCACAGGCAGUACGUGCUGUGCAACCUGCCCCAUCUCACCACGUUUGACUUCAGUGGAGUCACCAAGGCUGACCGAAGCACAGCUGAAGUCUGGAAACGAAUGAAUAUCAAGCCCAAGAAGGUCCGGGUCAAGCACGAUGUCCUCUGAGACUCACAGGACCCCAGCACACCUAAUGCCCUGAGGAUGGUCAGCUUGGUUUGACAAUAAAUGAUUUGAGCUGUUGAACAGAU